GAUGAUACGUUGCUGGAUGAAGAUUUUGGAGAUGAAGAGUACGACCUUGGAAACGACGAAGAAGAGGCACUACUUGCUGAUGACUAUGAAGUUGAUAGGCAGCAGAAUAACUAUAAAGGAGAAGAGGAAACAGAUGAUGUACUGGACUUAGGAGUCACGGAUGCUCUCGACGAUUUAGAGGGCGAAGACGAAAAUGUUGAGUAUAGAAAUGAGACUGAUAGUCAUAAUCAAAGUCAUUGUUAUAAUCCUGAUAAUGCCAAUUGUCAUGGUACAUACUACGAGCAAGAGGAGCACGUUAAUUACAUUGAAGAGCCGAUUCACGAUCAAAGUAUGCAGCAAAAUCCAUCUCAAGUACCGAUGGGUGAUCUUCGAGAAAAAUUACUAAAGAAUAAUGUUAAUAGUAAUAUGCGUGUCGCCGGUAAUGGAGGUGUUCCGGGUGUGGAGGAGGAUGAGUGUGAAGAGGCAAGGGAACGAAGAAAUCGGUUUCAGCCAGAACGGACUAUUAUACCACCGAAGAUGAAUCACAACAUACCGGAUACUUUGGAGAAUGUCGUCACGAUGGAGCAUUCUAGGCCACCGGCUUAUCGCGGUCGUGGACGGGGUCGUGGAAUCAGAGGGAUGCGUGGAGGAAGAUUUCCUCCAGUAAAUUAUAAUCCAAGAUUUAGUACUCGAGGUCCAAUGUAUGAGAACCAAAAUCCACAAUUCAGGCCACCGAUAAUUGAAAAUAGACCUCCAAUGUAUCAAAAUGGGCCUCCGAUGAUGAAUCCUCCGAUGAUGAACCCCCAAAUGUAUCAUCCAGGUCAUCAACAACAGCCCCCAGCAGCGCCACCACCGCGAUUCCCACAGUACCCACAAAAUCAUCCUCCACAUAUGGGGCCACCAGCUGGUCAGCACUUUCCCGAACCAGCUGGAAUCCGACCAGCAUUUAAUCAAUUCCAAGGAAUGCCACCGGGCCCAAGAAUUCCAGGACCGAGAAUGGAUUAUCAUCCCAGACCACCGGGACCACGUUUCAACGGACCACCUAAUCAGCAGUUACCUUACAUGGCACAGUCGCCUCAUUAUCCAGGGCCACGACCACCUCUGGAAGGUCCACCUAUGCAUCAUCAUGAGCAGAUGCCUCCAGCUAAUCAUCCAGGAAUUCAUCAACAACGUCCGAUGGGACCGCCGAUGCAUCCAGGACAUCCGAUGCACCCACAGGACCGUCCUAAUGGAAUGAUGCAGCCUAAUUUCCCUCGACCACCAGGUCCUGCUCAUGGUCCACCGAUUCCGCAUCAUCCAGGUGUCCAGCCCAGUGGACAGAACUUUGAAAAUCGUCCACCGAUUCAAGAACCUCCAUUCGACGGAAGGAAUGUUUAUGAACCAAAACCAGGUUUUAACAAUCCACCAGGUGUUAAUCAAUAUAAUGCUGGUCCUGGUCCUGGUCCCGGUCCUGGUCCUGGUCCUGCUGGACAACCGCCUACGUUACCGGUUUUACCCAAUGUGCCUCUUCCACAAGGUCAUAAAAUUCUUAUUAAUCCUCAUUUUCGAGGCAAUCCACAGCCACCUCUUGAUGCAAUAAGAACUUGGGAUAACUCGCAAUCUCAAGCAUCCAGUGAUUCAUUUAGACAGCCAUCAAACCCUACUUAUCAGGAUUCUUAUAAUCAGGGAACUCAAGAUUAUAAAAAAAAUUAUUCACAAACUAAAAGUGAUGAUCCCUAUGCAUAUUUUUCGGAUGUUUGGCAAGAAAAUAAAUCAUCCAAAACAAAAAGUCUUAGUCCAUUAAAAUCUCUUAGUGAAAGUAAUUACUCAAGAGAUAGCAAUUAUAGAGAUUAUGACAACAAAUAUAAAUCUGAUAGCCGUGAUAAAUAUAAUGAGGAUUCAAGAUAUCGAGAACGUACCCCACCGCGUUCAAGAGAAUAUUCUCCAAAGCCUCGUUCUCAUAACUCCGAUUCAUACAACGAUCAUUCACGCAAGCCAAUUGACUCUAGUCGAACUCAAAGCCGGAUGCUUCAUAAACGGAGUCCUGAUCCCAGUGACAAGCCUAGCCGAGACAUAAGUCCUAAACGAUUUAAAACAGCAAGAAAUACAGGAGACAAUGAGUCAAGCCACUCUGAAAAAAAAUUACGGGAAGAAGACUUGGAUCCGGAAAUGCGAGAGUAUCGUCAAAAAAUGGAAGAGCAAAAACGAUUGAGGGAAAAAUUACUUCAGGAAAAAGAGAAUAGACGAAAAAAAGCAGCCAUGGAUAAAAUAGAUGAAACCAAAGAUCAACAAACUGCUGAUAAUGUACAAGAAAGCAAAUCUUCAGCUGCUCCAGUUAUAAAAAAAGAAGGUGUCACUGAAAAUCCAACUCAGUCAGUGAAAAGAAUUCGCACCACAGCUGGAAAUACUCAAGCGAUAGAGGGCGGAGAUAAAACUAACGUUCGGAUCAUUAGAACAGUUCAAGCAACAGAUAAAAAUCCGUCUGCAAAUAAAACUGAUAAUGAGACAACUGGAACUACGGAUGCUCAGAAAAAAGUUUUGAUACAGGCAAAUACUAGACGGGUUGUACUUCGAAAGCCGACGGCAAAUGCACAAAGAGUUGUAGUAGCGAUGCAGAAAAAUAAUUCCGCUGUUCCAAAAGCAGGAACUACACUAAAAACUGUUUCUCUGCAAAAAUCUGUCUCAAAUCCAACGCAAUCAACUGCUAUUGCAACUGAAAAAUCUGCUGCAACAAUUGAGAAGUCUACAACACCACCGAAAAAAGUUGUUGAUAAAUCAACGGCUGUUGCUAAAAAAUCUAUUGUCAGUAAUCAGAAAACAGUUGUCAAAGACGCUGCCGGCAGUGUUAGAAAAGUUAUUGUUAGCCCAGCUACAACAAAUGCUAAAAAAAUAACAGCUGGUUCACAAAAUAAUCAGAGAAUAGUACUUCAACCAAAUUCAAUAAAACUUACAACAGUUAUAAUUGAAAAUUUAGCUGCUAGUACUACUGAAGCACAAAUCCGACGUAUGUGUCAAGGAAUUGGAACUCUUGAAAAAAUAACGAUGGGCGAGGGUACUGCGACGAUAGUAUUUAAAACACAUUCAGCAGCGAUGGUAUUUCACAAAAAAUAUCAGCGCAAAAUGAUUGACUUGUCUAUGAUUAACGUGAGGUUGAUUUCUAAAACCACUGCUGCUAAUAAAUCAAUCAAAAAUGCAGUUAAAAAAUAG